GUCUUUCUAUUAUGUUUUGCAUGUGCCGUUUCUCUUUCGUGCUUCGUUUUUAAGCCCGAUGCGGGCCCGUAUUUGUGAUGAUGUGCAGUGUCAUGUGGCGAUUGUUAUGUAGGAGCAUGACCCAUGGAUAUUUAAUACAGUUUUUCUUACUUCUCCUUUACUUGCUACAGAGAUCCUUCACGCUCAUCCUUCAGGCUGUGGACCAUAGCAAUUUUACAUUACCAAUUACGAAUAAUAUAAUAGAAGAAGCGAUAUAUUCCGGUAUAAUCGAUCCAAGUCCGGAAUGGCACACGUUAAACCAUCGAGCUUUAAAGGCGCGCAUUACUUAUAGGGUUAGGGUGAAGUGUGACAACCAUUACUACAACGCUACCUGUACGAAAUUUUGUCGGCCCCGGAACGAUAAGUUUGGACAUUAUCGAUGUGAUUCGAACGGUGAUAAGGAGUGCAUAGAGGGAUGGAAAGGAGUGAAUUGUGAAAUUGCCGCUUGUAAAACUGGUUGUCAUCCAGUACACGGAAGAUGUGAUAAGCCGGGGGAAUGCAAUUGCCGUCCAGGGUGGAGAGGUGAUUUCUGUGAUCAGUGUGAACCGUAUCCGGGUUGUAAGCAUGGAUAUUGCAAUGGGUCGUCUUGGCAGUGCAUUUGCGACACAAAUUGGGGUGGAAUACUAUGCGAUCAAGACUUGAAUUACUGUGGAACACACGAACCCUGUUUAAAUGGCGGUACUUGUGAGAAUACGGCACCAGACGCACAUCUGUGCACCUGUCCAGAGGGAUUUUCAGGUACAAAUUGUGAAGUUGUCGACAAUCCAUGUGCACCAGCACCUUGCCAACAUGGUGGUACGUGCAUGGAGGCUGGUGGUUCAUUCAAUUGUGAAUGCGCACCCGGAUGGGCAGGCCCAACUUGCUCGAUAGAUGUGGAUGAAUGCGCUUCUGCCCCAUGUCAAAACGGAGGAAAUUGUGUGGAUAUGGAGGAUGCGUUCUCUUGCAAGUGUCCGGCGGCGUGGGAGGGAAAUGUUUGCCAAUUCGAUGCCGAUGAGUGUCUGACAAAUCCUUGCGUGAAUGCACUAUCGUGUACAAAUCUCGUUGGCGAUUAUCAUUGCAAGUGCCGAGUGGGUUGGAUGGGAAAAAAUUGUGAUCAAAACAUCAACGACUGUGUGGGACAGUGCCAACAUGGGGCGACAUGUAUCGAUCUGGUCAACGACUACCAUUGCGCUUGCCUACCUGGAUUUACAGGGCGCGAUUGUGCAACCGAUAUCGAUGACUGCGCGUCCAAUCCCUGCAAAAAUGGUGGCGAAUGUGUUGAUCAAGUCAACGAAUAUCGAUGCAUUUGUCCGGUAGGAUUUACAGGACACGAAUGCGAGAACGACUACGACCAUUGCAAUCCUGAUCCAUGCGAAAAUAAAGCGCCUUGCUUUAACACGCAAGCAGACUACUACUGCCACUGCCCGGAAAAGUGGCAGGGAAAAAAUUGUAGCCUUCCGAAGUUAGUGUGCGAUCAUCCACCUUGCGACAAUGGGUUCGACGGUUGCGCGGUGGUGUCAGCGGCUGGAAUUAACAGAAUUUCCUCACCAAGCGUCUGCGGCGAGCACGGACAUUGUGUUCAUUCUCUUGGUAUCGGUUAUCACUGCUCUUGCCAGCCUGGUUACACCGGAAAAUACUGUCACGAAAACAUCAACGAUUGCAAAGUAAAUCCUUGCGAAAACGGCGGUACCUGCGUUGACAAAGUGAACGCCUUUCAGUGCAUCUGCAAAGAAGGAUGGGAGGGAGCUUUAUGCAGUAUAGAUGCCGAUGACUGUAAUCCCAACCCCUGCCUCAAUAACGGCAACUGUAGUGAUAGAAUUGCGGAUUUCGAGUGCCGCUGUCGUGAUGGUUGGAAGGGAAAGACUUGCACGUUGAAAGAUAGCCAUUGUGAUCAUUCUACUUGUAAAAACGGGGGAAGCUGUCAAGAUUUGGGGAACACAUUCGUUUGUCGCUGUCCACCUGAUUGGGAAGGAACUACAUGUCACAUAGCAAAACAAACAGCAUGUAGGUCAAAUCCCUGCCAGAACGGUGGGACCUGCGUAAACACCGGCGAAUACUAUCAAUGCAUAUGUCGCGAUGGUUUUACGGGAAAUCAUUGUCAAGAGGACGUCAACGACUGCAUACCACAACCCUGCUACAACGGCGGAAAAUGUAUUGAUGGCGUUAAUUGGUUUUUGUGUGAAUGUGCAAAUGGAUUUACUGGACCCGAUUGUAGAAUAAACGUUAAUGAUUGUGCAUCAAGUCCAUGUGGGUAUGGUGGGACCUGCAUGGAUGGUAUUGGUGAAUUUCAAUGCAUUUGCCCACCGGGACGUAGAGGAAAAAUGUGUGAACUGAAGGAUAUUACUUACUUACCAGUACCAGGCAGCUGCGCAUGGCAGGGACACAAUUUGGAAAAUAACGCCACGUGGCAACAUCAAUGCAACACGUGUGUUUGCGCUAGUGGAAUAGUGAAAUGCACCAAAAUCUGGUGCGGGCUCGGUAAUUGUAGAAGCACAGACACGCAAAACGUAAUCUGUAAUCCGAACCAAGUCUGCGUUCCAUCUCCUGCCGAAUCUUGCCUGAUUCCACCGUGCAUGCCUUAUGGCGAGUGUAGGGACUUGGAAAGUGGCAGACGCGUUAAACCUCCUUCGUUACCUAGCCCUACCACUUGCUGGCCCAACCAAGCUGUACUUAGCAACAAUUGCGCCAGGUUAACCCUCUUGCUAGAUCGUAUAAAACUUCCGACCGGAAUCACCGUUGAAGGUUUAUGCAGCGAUUUACGGAGGCUUUUAGCAAACUACGAGGCAGCAAAUGACUAUCAAAACGAAUUGGUUUUAUUGUGCGAUUUGAAAAUGGACUACAAUGAUACAGUUGAGGUAACACUGUCUGGAACGGAGGGCGUGUUGGAAGGUAUUAGAAUUUUAGGUGAGGCAAUCUCACGAAAACAAACGUCUCUACUCGCAUUAACAUCAAUAGUAGAGGUGAAGGUGGAAACGGCGUUGGUCUCGGAAGAGCCACCUUCAAAUAAAUACUUAAUAGCGCUAAUCUGUUUUAUUUUAAUCGGUAUUUGUGCGGCGGUGGUGGCUGUUCUUUUGUACCUGCGUCAACGUAGACGAAACUUAGGACUCAGCGGAGUCAACUUGUCACCGUCGUUGGAUCCUUGCCAUAGAAACCACGAGGACGAAAAAUCCAACAACUUACAAAACGAAGAAAACUUACGUCGCUACGCGAAUCCGCUGAAGGACGACGUUGGCAGCAUGGCGAGCCUAAGUAGUACGAGUGCGUGCGGGCUUGAUAUUCCUAAAGUUAGUAUCGUAAGACCAUUGUCGACACUCUUGCCACAUGAAAAUUCGAGUGAAAUGCUCGAAAUGAUAUCGGAAGCGGACUGUCCCGGUUCGAGAAAAACGUUGCACGUUGCGCCGAGUACAAGUGCCGACAAUAACACGAUAAAAUUAAACGACAGUUUAAAACUACACGAAAAUAUAAGACUCAGUGAGGGGUUAAAGCCCACCCAUCGUAAUAGUCAAAUAAUGCUUUAUAAAGCACAAAACGCCGACGUUCGAAAAAACACUGCCGCUUUUGACGAUAGUGUAGCCCAUAAAGACUUUAGUAAAAGUGUUAUUAAUGUUAAUAAGCAACGGACUACUCAACAAAAUACAAAUAGUGCCGAUGUACUCACAGUGUUAGUGUAAGAGGUAACCAAGCAGGGGCCAGUGUAAUAUGAACACUUUAUUCUUAGGACAUCCAAGGCUGUUAUUUUCUAAAUCUUACGACUGACUUUUGUAUUUUUGAGGAACUUGUAGCUAGGCGAUUACGUGCAGUAACUUCAGUGUCUUCACAAAAACAAAUGAUGUGAACUACUCGUGAUAUUGAUUAGAAACAUGAUCUCGUGAUGAUAUAUAUACCUAGUGACGUGGACAAACUUGUGUUUGUUGAUAGUGUGAUAUUAAUUAAUAAUUUUGAUUUUGUUUUUUUUAUUUUUUAAAUUAAUAUAAAGUGACAGUUGUUACAAUCUAAAAUUAUUUAAAUUUAAACAUUGUCGAUGAUAUGUACAUACGUUUUGUUUGUAUCUAUAUUUAUUUUGUUGUUCCUGAUUAGCUAGUUAUACCUAUUGUCUCACUUUUACAGAAACGCCCAUUUUUGUUGUUUUAAGUUACCUAACUAUUAUAAAUGUUGUUUAGAGCGAUAUAAAAAAGUUUAUUUUAUUUUGUGAGACAGUGGGUAUACCGAAUUAAAUUUUGCUUCCAUAAACUUUCAUUGUUUUUUUUUCGUUUAAUAGUAUAAAAUAACAUUCCUACUAUCAGUAAGUGUAAAAAAAUUAUUACAGUGUUCCUAAACUAGAUUUUUGGGUUAUGACAAAUGUAAAAAUCGGAAAAAUUGCUGAUUUGAUUUAGUUGCAUAUUUUGUAAAUAUGUAAAUAGGUGCAGAUUGUGAAACUAAAAUUAUGGUAUUGUAAUAGAAUGUAGAAAAAUCAAAGUACUUACGACGUGUAGUUUUUCAUUGCAAAAACAAUAGUGCCUUUGAAGUGCCUAGGUUGUACGAAAUCUUAUAAAAAGAGCAGAGACAGAUUUGUACUGGUCUGAUAUUUAUUAAUAAUAGUUGGAGAACUCCACAGCCCACAAUAAACUUAAGACGGUUUGUAGUGUACACAAGUAUUAUAUAGUUUCUAUUUAAGUAAUUUAUGUAUAUUUUGUAAAAUAAAUAAAAAAGUGUAUUUUAAAUAUAACGCAAUAUACAAGAAGCUUUGUAAGUACAUAAUGAGAGCUUGUGAAUUUAAGGAUUUAAUAAAAGUUGAAAUUAA